AUGGAAGAAGCAAUGAUGAUGGAGAAAAUUCGGGAGUAUCUGCAACUCAGCGAAGACGUCGACGACGGCGAGACGCCGCGAGUGGAGGGAUUAGUGAACGGAAGAAGCUUCUAUGAGGAUUUCAGCCUCAGAGGAAUCCGAGUCAACCGAGUCGACCCGGGUUUCAUUUCCUGCACUUUCAAGGACAGAGAGGGGAAUCUAGCAAAUGGUGCGAUUGCAAAUCUUGUGGAUGAGGUUGGUGGUGCAGUUGUACACGUUGAAGGUUUACCUAUGAAUGUUUCAGUGGACAUGUCUAUAGCUUUCCUUUCAAAGGCUAAGCUUGGUGAGGAGCUGGAGAUAACGUCGAGAGUGUUGGGGGUGAGAGGGAGUUAUAAAGGAACAAUCGUUGUGGUGAGAAACAAAAUGACCGGAGAGAUUAUAGCGGAAGGUCGACAUUCUUUGUUUGGCAGACAAGCUAGUAAGCUCUGAGUCGACUCUUUCUUUUGCUUUUGUACUAUAUGUGAUCUUAAAACUGUUUCACUGUUAUGUCGGUGUUCAAUAAUAGUUUAAGGUAAGAAUUUGGUUUGGGAUUGGAUAGAUCAUCUUCUCUUUUCUGGUUGUGAAACUAAAACCUUUGUACGUAGAAGAUAUAGUUUAUGAAAGAUUGAAAAAACCUUUGUGGAUUCAAAAUGAGAUGCAACAUUUCUCUGAACUCUUCUUCUGCAUGAACUCGUUAUCCACCGUCCCGUCUUUGAUGAGGAUGACAGUGAAGAUGAAGAUGACGAUCAUCACCAUGAUCAUGAUCAUGAUCAUAACCAUGAACACUCGGAAUCUGGUUUUUCACUUUUCUAUCAUAUGUAAUUUACAUAUUGCACUGUAAUGGCAUUGCAAAUGUUGAUUUUAACUACUUGAAAGCCUUAUUGACAAUUAUGUGAGACCAUCUUCUCAGAUGAUGGUUGUAAUUCAAGAAGGAAACAUGAACUCUUAUUUAUGAUUUUCAUAAUUGAACCCUC